AUGUCACCCACCCUCCAUACCGUCACCACCCUCGCCCAGUUCUCCCUCGUAAGAGACUGCAUGUGGGAAUCUUUCUCCAUCCCCUACAGCCCCUACAUGAGUAUUUUAUUUCCGAUCAAAACACCGACGGCCGAAGGAUUGGCAGCUGCGAUUCAGGAGUCGAAGGAAAGAUUAUGGGGAUUUCAUGAGGGGGAUGAGGAUAGUGUUUGGGUUUAUGUUGUUGAUGAGGAUGAGGAUGCAGAUGAGGAUGAGGAUCAAAUAGAAGAAGAUGGGAAAAUAGGGGGAAAUGAAAAAGUCUUAGCAGCAGCAAACUGGCUAUUUCACAAGAAGAAUCCUUUCGGGGAGGAGGAGAAGAAAGAGGAAGAGGAAGAGAAAGGGACCGCGGAUGUGAACGAAGGAGAAAAGAAGGAUAAAAGUAAAAAGAACAUCGAUGAGAAAAGUAAAGAGAAAGAUAAUGAUCUCGGUUCCUGGUGGCCCGAAGGCGAAGCCCGUGAUUUCACCAAGAAAGUUCUUCCGCAACUUUUUGAUGUAAAAAAAAAGAGGAUGCGGAGACCUCAUGCUCAACUCUCUUUGAUGUAUACACUCCCCACUUCCCGCGGUCGUGGCCACGGCUCCCUCAUCAUGAAGUUCGGAAUGAGUAGAAUUUCAGAAAUGGAUGUAGAAGCAGUAGUGGAGGCUAGCGCUGAUGGCUUAACUCUUUAUGAGAAAUUUGGGUUUAGGACGGUUGAUGUGAUUACUAUGGAUACGACGUUUGAGAUGGGGAAGGAGGAGGGGAAGGAGAAGGAGAAAGAGAAGCCGGGAUAUAUAUGGCGCAAAAUGGCAUAUGAGUUGGGAGAAAAGAGGACCUGGUGGAUGUGGAAACCGAGGCCGGGUAAGAGGGUUUAUGAAAGGGGGAUGGAUGUGCCGUGGGAGGAGAGGGGGUGA